AUGAGGGCCGUCAUCUUUAAGGAGGUAGGCCGGGUGGCUGUGGAGGAUCGCAAGCUUCCCGUCAUCCAAGACCCUCGUGAUGCCAUCGUCAAGGUGAGCGUCGCAGCUCUCUGCGGAAGUGACCUCCAUUGGUAUCGUGGGCACCAAAAGAUUCCCACCGGAUUCAUCCCAGGCCAUGAGUUCGCCGGCGUGGUUCAUGAAAUAGGGAGCCAAGUUACUGGCUUCAGUGUCGGUGAUGCCGUUGUGGCAACUUUCACGACGCAAUGCGGAGAUUGCUUUUAUUGUAAGAAGAAACAAACUAGUAGAUGCGCGAAUAGUUUUCUCUUCGGAAACAGCGCUGGAGCGACAAGCAUAGAUGGAGGCCAGGCGGAAUACGUUCGAGUGCCGUUCGCCAGUUCAACCCUUGUCCCUAAACCAGCCUCGCUUCCAGACAAGAUGCUGGUCCUAAUGGGCGACAUCUUCCCAACCGGAUACUUCUGUGCUUCUCGAUUCCUCAAGUCUCUUCCCAGGGACGAGGCUAAAUCCUCCUGCACCGUCGUCGUUGGAUGUGGCCCAGUCGGAAUCUGCGCCAUCGCAGCCGCUGCCCAGUGGUGUGACAACAUCUUUGCCGUUGACAUGGUUCCAGAACGCCUUGCCGAGGCGGAGAAACUUGGGGCCAAGCCGCUGUUGCUCACAGAUAACCCGACCGCAAAGGUUCUGGCGGCAACAGAGGGCCGCGGCGCUGAUGUAGUCCUGGAAGUCGUUGGAACUCUUGCCGCCAUGCAGCUUUGCGUGGACAUGGUGCGCCCGUUUGGCAGCAUCAGUAGCGUGGGAGUGCAGACGGAGGAAGUUUCAUUCCAUGGUCCGACUUUGUACGCCAAAAAUGUUACAAUUGCCUGGGGCCGCUGCCCGGUCCGGGGAAUCUUCGAAGAGGCACUGGAUUGCUUGAUUCGGGUUCAGGAUAAGGUUGGUUUCCUGUGUGAAUGCCACAUGAAGCUUGAGCAGGCCCCUGAGGCUUAUGAGCUUUUCAAUGCUCGCAAGGUCCACAAAGUGUUGUUAACUCUGUGA